UCAUGGUAAUGACUUGUUUAACUUAUUUUUGUGGCUUUUGAUGAUAUUUUAAUGGUCAACUUAAUUUUAUUGCAGUGCUCUGACAGAAGGAAAUGGAGAAAGUCAUCAUGGGAAGAUAAUGCAUCAUGGGAAGAUAAUGCAUUUAUUGGCGAGCUUGACAAUGAAGAUGAUCAUACUGAUGUGGAGGACUUGAACAAUCUUGUUCCUCAGCCUCGUCGGGUAAAUAAGCUUGAAGUCAAAUACGACAAAUUAUCUAAACAAGUUGAUGUUCAGGCAUUAAAAGAAAAACUUUGGGUCUCCAUACAAGCAUACAACGAAAUGACCACUCAAGAUGACGAAAAGGAGACGGUAUCCUUCAGGGAGGUGUUAGCUAGCUUCUCAAGUGACAACUGCAAGGCAGAUGGAACUGAGGAUAUCUCUGUUCACUUGCGCUUCAUGUGCUUAUUGCAUUUAGCCAAUGAGCAUGGAUUGAGCUUACUCGGCUGUAGCGAAUUUGACGAUGUAACCGUACAUUUACCAUCAAAAUAG